CUCGACAGUUCAAAAUAUUUCCUUUUGCUUCUCUCUCUCCAAAUUCUCCCCACUCUAUCAUUGUUCACUGCCGAUCUGAAAUCCAAGAUCUCGAUCGAAACAAGGAACUCGCGGUGCAAAUUGAAGACUAGUUCUUCGAUUAAUCGAGAAAAAUGGAGAUUGGUGGCUGUCAAGAGAUAGAUCUUGAACUUGAAGCCGACGACCUCAUUGGAAAUUUUCAGUUUCCAGAAACUUCUGAUGCUAACAAAGAAGUUAAUAGUGUUGGCAUUGAUGUUAAAGAUCGCUUGCCUGAGCUGCAUGAAUCGACAGAGCCUGAAAGAAACCAAAGAAAUGGAAGGUAUAACUUGCGAAAAAGCCUAGCCUGGGACAGUGCCUUCUUCACUAGUGCAGGAGUGCUAGACGCAGAAGAAUUGUCGAGCAUGAUUACCAAAUUAGAUAAAAAGGAAAAGCGUAUAUUACCUGGGAUUCAAGAAGAACUUACUGGUUCAACUGAGUCUAUCUCCACUCUUCAAAGUGAUAGUUUGACUCUAGAAAGCAAUGACGAUGACUUGUUUUUGGACAUUAGAGCUUCCAUCCAAAGAUCCAGUAGGAAAGUAUCCAACUUGACCAAUUCAAACAGUAAGAUAGCAGCUAUGGUGCUAGAUGACAGAGCCAUUUCAUCUCCAAAGAAGGAAGAUUCUGUUUCUCAAAAUAAGUGCCCAAAACCAGGUGUGAAGAAAACUAGUAGCCUGCAGACUGUCCGAAUGUCAAAAUCUCAGCUAAAACCAAUUGCGAAGCUAACACCAGGAAGAUCAAUCAAGCCAGAUUCUGCUCAGUCACAGGCUGGAGAGAUAAAUUUGGUUUCUGCCAAACCACUCAAAACCAUUAGUAGCUCUGUUCCCUCCUCAACUGCAGCAAAGCGGGAGUCUGUUGGAGUUGGUCGUGUCAAACCUGAAUGUGGAAGCUCUAAACAAGGCUCUGUCUCUGGCAAAGUAACUCAGCUACCCAAAGUAUCUGCGUUAGGCGGUUCUAGAAAGAUGCUGCCAAAGCCUGCUGUAUCAUCGAAGUGUUCUUCAGUGGACUCUUCGACUACUAGUACUGUGCCUUCGACAAGGUCUUCUACUUCAAACGACAAGACUAGCACAUCCUCCGGAAAUGCUGCUAAACCUACACUUAUGACUGCAAGAAGAAAUCUAGGCAAAAGCAGCAACAGUAGUACUGGCCCCUCUGGGUCCAUUCCUAAAACUCCAUCAAGAGCUCUACCAAAGAACAAGUUGCCAGCUUCUAAUCUCUCGGCUUACCUAAUGUCUACUAAGAUCUCCUCAAGUGUCUCACCAGCCAGUUCAAUUAGUGAGUGGUCUUCAGCGUCAUCAACAACAUCUUCUGUGGUCAACCUACGAUCUAAUAUCUCAAGGAGCAGUUUAGAUACCAGUUCUUGUAGGUCAGUAGAUGAUAACAUGCAUCUGGAUCCAAGGCAUAAGGUAGCAGGUCAAAAGGCUGAAAGGCAAGGAAACCAAGGAGCUAUUUCAACAAGCAACAGUUCAAAGAAAUCUUCAGCAACAUCUGGCACCCUUCAGGUUCCUAUGAAACCAUCAGGAUUACGAUUGCCAUCACCCAAAAUUGGCUUUUUUGAUGGGUCAUCGUCUCGUACUCCUGAGGGGAAUCAGCGCUCUCAAUCUGCCUUGCACCCUGUGAUUCCCAAGACUGGAGCUGCUGCAUCCACUCCAACUCGAAGUUCAAAUGGCAAACUGAAGAGCGUGAAGGUUCCAACAGCUAGAUCAACUUCUUUGGCAAACAUUAAGUCUGGUUCUCUAAAUGCUGCAUCUCCUGCCUCCUCACAAGAAAAGUCACAUGCUUUGUUAAAAGCAUGUGUUUCGACGGAUGUAACUAAUUCUUUUAGCCUGUCUGUUGAAGUUAAAUCUGGCAGAAUUGGAGAAACUUAUCAAGAAGCAGUGGAAGUUCAGGCUGAUACUGGAGUUAAGCAAGUUGUGGAUGCAGGUGCUGAUGACACAGACAACUCAGGUGACUUGAGUUUGAUUAAAAACACGACCUCUGCGGAUAUCAUGACUGCUACUGCUGAAGGUAACUAUGUUUCAGCCUCAGAAUAUAUCAGUCAAAUCGAGGAUGGUCUGGUUAAGAAGGACGAGGUUAAGAAGAACUCGGGUCCAACUUCUGAAGCAGUAAAGAAGAAUGAAGAUCCUGCCAAUUAUCCAGGGGAAGGGGUAACAGGAGACAAGAGAGGCAUAUAUGAAAAACAUCAUGAGCCAAAUUGUCAGCUUCUUAGUGAUACAUCAGAAUGUGCGUUCUCUUCUACUGCAGCUGCCUCCCAGGCUGCAGUCCACAGAACCCCGUUUCCUGUCGAGAAUUUCUCCUGUGGUAGCGAAUGUGUUAAUAAAACAACAGAGCUGGUUAUAUCCGUUGCAGAUGCAGAAAAUGAAGGUGUUGUAGUGCCUUCUGGUUCAGAAUAUAAUAUUCAAACUGAGGAUGGUCUCAUUAAGGACAAGCUUAAGAAGAAUUUGAUUCCAACCUCUAGAGCAACACAGAAGGAAAAUGAUCCUGCUAACUGCCAAACAGAAGGAUUAACACAAGACAAGAAAGGGGUAUUUCAAAAAAACCACGAGCCGAAUUGUCAACUUGCUAGUGAUACAUCAGAAUGUGUGCUCUCUUCUACUGCAGCUGCCUCCGAGGCUGAAGUCCACAGAACCCCGUUUGCUCUAAAGAAUUUCUUCUGCAGUAAAGAAUGUGUUGAUAAGCCUACAGAGGUUGCAGUAGCAGAGAAUGCAGGUUUUGCAUUGCCUUCUUGUGAUCUAGACUUGAAAUAAGUUGUUUUCAAUUCAUGAAGCUCAAUCAGAUUCAGUGAAGGUUGCUCACGAUGCAAAUAUAGCCAUUUGUGCUCGACGUCUCCCUCUAGAAGAACAGCCACAAACAAAGCGAAGAAGGAUAUUGUUCUAUUUAUGAAUUGCCAUAGUGGAUGUUCUCUUAUUUUCUUUUUUUCCUCUGUACUCAAAAGUCUUAGAUUCAAACUUGAUGAUGUUUGAUGCCUUGCAAACAUGUGCAUAUAUGAUUUCCAAUAGAUAUCAAUUGGAUGUUAUCGCAUCCAAUAGUUGUGAACAA